AACCAACGGAACUGAACGGAAGUAGGGGUAUAUAUUUUCUCAGGUCUAAGCAAAUGGAACAUUGUGAUUUGGACCAACAUUGAAAAUGAUGAAGUGAACUUUAAAUGAAAGUUAGUUUGUGAAAUUUAUUUUUUAAAUGUUAAAGAAAUCAACUUUUUUUACUACCUGCACAGAAUGCGUUGUCGGAUGAGAUAUCGCACUGGUUGGACAGUGUUCUUGCUUGUGUGCACACUAAUUGGAGUGUUUCUAACCUACAGACAACUCGGUAAUUACAAGCAUAAUAAAGCAUACAGCAAGUACACAAAAUCACAUCCAAAAUUUUAUAACCCUCAAGAUGCAUUCAUGAAAGAACCAAACCAAGAUGAGCAACAACACAAUUUUAAAAAAUCUGAUGAAGGUUCUUUGACUUUUGCACAACAUGUACGUCCAGACUUCCGGGAUCAAAAUUUGCAGGGUGGAUCAUUUAGCAGAAGUAAAUUAGUUGCCAGAGAGCCAGCUGACAUAAUGACUAACAAAGAUUCUGCCAAUAGUGGCAAUGCACCAUCCAUGGAUAGGACACUAAGGUCAGAGUUUCUCAGUAUACUGAAAGAUUUGAAUCCGUCUGAUUUGGGAAAAGCUCCAGAGGCAAUAGAAAUGGCCUUACAGGUGAAAACCUUUCUCUUGGACUUGGAGAUAUAUAGUCAAAUGACUUGUAAAGAUAUUGAUUAUCUCCGAGUAUCACGAUCAGUUAAGAUAACUCGUCGUAAGUUUGUCGAUCAAGCAUUCAUUGACAAACGAGGAUCUGAAGUUAUUAUAAAAAGUCAGGCAGUCGAUUUAGACAGCAAAAUCAAGUGCAUGCAGUCAAAAUAUGAUGUGGACAAAUGCCAGGUGAUGGGAAACUAUAAUUUAUUGCGAGAAAUUGUAUUUCUGGCGGUACUGAAACAUCCUAUCAUCAUAAAGCUUCAAGGAUACUGUAUUAGGGGAGACAGCAUCAACUACAACAUCAAAAAGAAGGGUGUGAUUCUAGUCACUGAACCAGGGAUGACCGUCAACAUUGCGAACCUAGCAUCAUAUAGCUGGAAGUCCAAAGUCCUGUAUGCAAUACAGCUAGCAGAUUUGCUGAAGUACCUGGAAAACAGCCCAUUAGGGAGCCUUUCUCUGGGGUCAGUCAAGGCUUCUGACUUUGUUUUAGUGGAUCAGUGGAUAAAACUGGUGGAUUUAGAUGAAUUGUCAUUCGAGGAGAGAGUGUGUCAGGUGGAGACAGAUUGCAAAAUCAAUGGAGUCAGCAUGUACAAAAUUCCCUGCCAGAAUGGGCGUUGUGUGGGUAGAAAUACCAAACAGAAUCUCAGAACUUUGGGUGUUGAAUUGUUGGAACAGCUGCUGGUCAAUCCACCUCCCUCUGAAAGUGAUAAAGUAUCCAAAUUAAAACAGAAGAUUUUGACUCUGGAGAUUACAACAUCACAGCUGAUGGAUGAACUCAAUGAACUCCGAACAUCAGCAGAGAAGUUUGAUUCGUCACAAUGGAGACCGGUAGUAAAACCAAAAGUUCCUAUUCAGCCCGUAGUCAACCAACAAGAUUUAGAGAAGCGUCGACGUGAGGAAGAGAUCAUGGCCAACAAGGUUUUGCCUAACUUUGGCAAGGCGGACGUACAGCAUGACUACAUACGUGUGGCCGAAUCCAACUUUCCUGGAAUGAAUGACUACACAUGUACAUCGUCGCGAGUGGCCUGGGGGUGCGUAGUUACAGUGCGGAGCCUUGCCCAAGCCAAGGCGACCUGUGAUUCCGACCCAGUCUGUAAAGCGUUUGUUGUCUUUACCUCCAACCCAGACAUUGCCACUUUGAUGACAAUGGUCGCAAAAAAUACAGGCAAAACAAAACCGGAACGAAAUGCGGGAGCAACCUUGUUCAUCAAGUCGUCAGAAACUGUGGGAGCGGGGGUAAAUGUAGUAAAGGCUGGUUCGGUAGUCGUUCAGCCUGCUCCGCAGACCAAACCCACCAAAGAAACACCACUGGAAUGUCUCAAACAUACAUUGAAUUUAACCAACGAUGCCAGGGUUGCGCGGGAGAGACGACUCAUGGCACACCUGGGGCUUAAAGGAUUUAGCGACGGUGAUUGGGAGGCCAAGAUGCUCACUCAGAAAAUCAUUAAAGCACAUAACAUGCGGACAGUCAAGGUCAGCACAAACAUUGGAGGAAAGAUGAUUGUCGACCUGCAGGGUAUGCAGUCCGAGAAACAGUUCCUCCGUGGCAUCUUCCUGGCCGAGUCUGGACCGUUCCAAUACCACAUCGCUCAUAUGCUAGCCUUUAGACUGGACCGGAUUCUUGGACUGUACCAUACUCCACCUUCCAUGCUGUGGUCCCUGUCGAAGAAUGACCUUGACCUGGUUAAGGGAGACAGUGCAUGGAGAAGUCUCCUCGAUACACAGAAAUCUGAAUUCGGGUCAGUUACAGGUUUAUUGACGGCUUCUGUUCCUCGUGUGGUGAAAAACGAGUCGGUGUAUAUCAACAAGCUGGAUGGAAUGACCGCUAAUGUAGUCCCCUUUUCUCGUAUGGAGAAAAUGCAACUAGAAUAUGUUCUACUGUGGUACCUCACCAAGACUCUUCACUCUAAAAACCGCCAUCUUGGUUACAAAGGUCACCUGAUCAACUUUGAGGCUGACCAAGCGUUCCAGGACACGAGCCUGGACCUGUUAGGGUACUUCCACCACUGUCAAUUCCCUAAUGUGGUGUAUAAGGCCCUGUACUGCUUCAAGUGUCCAGCUAAGUCUGGCCAAUCGUUACACUCGAUCUGCUCGCUCGGCAUGGAGGUAAUUGACCAGGUGUUGGAUGCAGGUUACGAUAGACCAGAUAUUUAUGUCAAUCAUCUUAGCUCCGAGGAAAUAGCUACUCAGAUUAAUGUAGCAGCUGGAAGUGUCCUCAAGCAUGUCGAUAUGUGUAUCAAGGCAUUUGGACGAGAAAAGGUUCUCUACUGACGAGUAGAUGAGGAUGCUGCUACCCUUAAAUCCUCCAUAGAACCAAAGAACAUUUGCAAUGGAGGAUCCAUCGAUGGAGAAAAAUGUGUGGCCAGUUUCCCAACAGAGAAAAAAGCAUGUUUGUCACCAAAGACUGAAUUCUCUAUAGAAGCAACAAACUUUUUCUUUUGAGAUUUAUUUCUCUUCAAAAGAAAAACAUGUUUGCCAUCAAGUUAAGCUUCUCUACUGGAAAAACCACAAAUGCCACCGAGGUCGAGUUUCUGUGUAGAGAAAAAACAUGUUAACAUUCAGAACAAAAGCAUUUUGUCUUUAAGGUCAAGUUUUAUGACUGCCACUGAUGUGAGGUUUUCUCUUUAUAGAGAAAAACAAGAUUUCUGCUGAAUUAAUUUUCUCAGCAGAGCAAAAGAGUUCUUGCCCAUAGGUUUAAUUAAGUCUGCUUACGAAAAAAUUCCACUGAGGUUAAUUUUUUUGUAUAGGAAAGUUUGCCAAUAAAAUUUUCAAAGUCGUUUAAAUUACCUGCAGAGGCAAAUAAUGUUAAACCCUCUGUUGCUGCGUGUUUUGUUUUAUUCUUAAGAGUUGGAAUUGUUGAUGUUCCUAGUUUAACUUACGAAAUUGAUCUCAUAUUAGUUCAUCAGUCAACAAACAGCACUCGAUCGACUCAAACAAAUCAAAUUUUUAACUACCAAGUGAAUAUUUUCUUCUGACAAAUCAACUUUUUGAUAAAUCAACUUUUUGAUAAAAUUUAUUUUCAUCAGACAAACAACUGAAUAUCAUUUAUAAACUGUUGACAUGAUUUUUUUUUUAUAUCUAUUAUUAGCUGAUUUUGUGAAUACUGUUUUUUCACAUUCUCAACAGUAUCAUUUCGAAAAAGUGCAAAAUUUGAGCCCCACGAAAAUGUUUGCUUUUACUGUAGCUUUUUUUUGUGACAAAAAAGACAACACAGAAAAAGAUGAGUUGUGCUGCGUGAUAAACCAUGAUGCCCUGUACGAAAGUCAGCUUUAUCAAGCUUUUUAUUAACCUAUAUAGCAGGUGAGGUACGGGUGUUCAUACAGUAUGAUAAGAUGGUGUGUUUUAACAGAAAUAUUGAUAGAGUGCAAGUUUCUGUAUGCUGAUAAAAAUGUCAUAACUUUGUGUGAAAUUUUAUGCAUUUGUAUGAAAUAACAAUUUGUGUUUAAGUAGUUGUGAAAGAACAAACAAUGGUGUUGAAAAUAUUUUUUGUCAUGUAUUAUAUAGAUUUAGCAGCUGUCAAUCAUGAAAAGUUGCAUUAUAUAAUAUAAAUUUUGUUAUUUAAGAUGUUUCAAUUUUAUAGUUUUGUAAGGGUUCUGAAGGGGAAAAUGUAUUUUUGGCAGAAAUUAUGAAAUACGCUAUAAUUUUUUUAUUUCACUUUCAAAAAUUUUUUUUAUUGGUUUCAUUCUAUUCUCGAAAAUAAUGAAAGUGAAAACCAGUUAUAAAAUAUUAUCUUUUACAGAAAGUGACAGCUCCAUUAAAUCUGCUGUCAAUUGUGAGACUUGCUUUAUUUUUAUAAUGUCUCCAAACUCACGAUAUUUUUCGCUGAUUGUGAGAUUUACGGCCACCUGAUUUUUUGCAAUGCCUUCCUAUAUUUUUGCUGUCAAUAAUUGGACAGAUUCAUAUCAAUGACACGCCCCCAAAUUGUUUUAGCUGUUUGUUACUUCACAUUCCAUAUCGUUGAACAAUGCAUACUUGUCUUGUGUGAAAUAUACUGGCAGCUAGGAGAGCGGGCCAAGACUGUUAUAACAAUGGAGAGUCACUCCUGUACUGUUGAAUUUUUUGUUAUUGAACAUCAGACCCUUAAUCUGAACUGGUAUCAUUUUUUGAAAAAAAUUUACAAAGUUUUUUUUUUGUUUUGUUUUUUGUGAUGUUUCCUCUGAAUGUUAAUGAGAAAAAUAUCAGGAACCAUUAUAGAUGUUGAAUUGUUUUUUAAGCGCACAAACCAUACUGUGCUGUUUAUAAAUAACAUGACCUUAGAUUUCACUUAAAGUCCCAAGACUUACAUAUUUGUCAUAAAUUUCUUUUCAGAAUUCACAGUAUAUUUUGAAUAUGAAAUGAGAAUUUUUUAAGAGAUUUUGGGUGGUUUCCAAUAAAGGCCAUGAUGUCAAAUGAUUCUGAUUUUGCCAGCUUGUGAAGCAUUCUGUGCUGGUCUGCUUGAGUUCCCUUUUCAGGUCUGUGUCUAAAUUGUUACUAAAAAUAUAAAGAUCAAGUUAACAUGAAAUUCUACACUUGAAUGUUUAAUUAACCCUGCAGGCACCAAAAUCCAUUCUUUGUUGAAUUUUUGCAUUUUUUGUCAUUUAAAAAUAAAGUGAAAUUCCAAAGAUAUUUUUGAUGAAAAACUGUACUUUCUUUAAUACUAUUUUGAAGUGUAAACAGUAAUUUUAUUUGCAAAGUUAUAUUAUCAACAAAACGAUGGUAAUUUUCUUAAGAUUUUGAGAAGUUGUGGUCAGUGUUGACUUAUGCUGUUUUUUACUGUAGAUAAAAGUUUAUAUCGGAAAAUUAAAUAAGAAGUUGUAUGAUAAUUUUUCAGAAUGUUGGAAAUGAGAUUAUAUAAUUUACAAGAUAUUGUUAAAAGAUUUAAUCCAUGGAGGAGAAAUUUCUCGUAUUGAAAUCUACUGUGAGACAAUACAGACUAUUUUCUACUGUCUGUAAUGCUGAAGGUAAAGCAGUUUAGAAAGUUGAGGCUUUUCUUGACAUUUUCUAGAAAAUAUUUGAUGGAAAUGAAAAUGUACAAGUUAUAGUUUCUAUUUGAACGAAGAGUCUUAAUAAGAACUUAUAUAAAACAAGAUGAAAAUGUGUGCUAGCUAGUUUUCUAUUCAACCCUCAUAGUUUUUACAUUUCUGUAACAUUUGUCCUGUACACUAUGUAAAAUGUUUUUAUGAGUAAGGCGUCUUUUCUUAAAGAAUCACAUCUUGCUGGAGGAAAGUUUUAGUGUAUCUAUUUCCCUGUCAGAUGUUAACAUGGUGUAUUUCUUUCACAAGAAGCUUUUGAAACACUGGAAAGACAUUAACUUACAACAAACAAACAAUAUUCAUCAUGAUAUUUUUUUUUUUUUUUUUACAACUUUCUUAAGGCAUAGCAUAUUCCUUGUGAAUGGGCCUGAUAUCAAUAUUUUUCCACUAUACAGACCCUGUAGGCCUGUACAUUUAAAAAGACUUACAGGGAAAAAAGGUUGGAACCCAUGUUUGAAUGAAAGAAGAAAAAGAUAUACACGUAUGUAAUUUGUAAAUGAGCUGAGAACAAAGGAAAGAAGGUAAAAUUCAAAGUACAUAGUAAUAUCUAUAAAGAG